GCCCCUGGAGGCUGCACCCGCGGGUGGGGCAGAAACUGACACCCCACAGCCUUUGGCCACGGGCACCAGGCAGAUCCCUACGCUCAGGCUUCCUGCGAGCAAAAUAAGUCCCACCCCAGCCCCAACCAAGACCUACCGGCAGCGCCAAAAAGUGACCCGUAGUGUUGACGCAGUGCGCAGGCUCGGUCGGCCACUGGACCGCUGCCGUAUUAAGUUUCACACCUUCAUGGAGAUCGCGUGAGGCCUCCCGGCUGAAUAGAGCGACUAUGAGAUCAUGGCUCAUGUGGACGAGGCCGCCCGCCAGUUGUCCAAGUCUGGGUCAACCCUCUAUGCAGUGCUGGAGCUUAAGAAGGGUGCCUCACCUGAAGACGUCAAGAAGGCCUACAGGAGACUGGCCUUGAAGUAUCAUCCAGACAAGAAUCCAGGGGACGCUCAAGCAGCAGAAAUCUUCAAGGAGAUCAACACAGCCCAUGCUGUACUGAGUGACCCUAAGAAGCGGAAAAUUUAUGACCGGCAUGGCUCAUUGGGGAUAUAUAUAUAUGAUCACUUUGGCGAAGAAGGCGUCACAUACUAUUUUACAAUGAAUAGUUGUUGGUUCAAGACACUUGUCCUCCUGUGUGCUCUACUCACCUGUUGCUGUUGUUGCUGCUGCUGCUGCUUUUGCUGUGGAGCACUUAAGCCACCACCUGAGGAAACAACUAACAAAAAAAAUGCAUCAAAUGUCCAGCAUCAGCCUCCCAGGUCAGGACGCAGAGAACAUUUUAGAAGAGGGGAAGAUGGUUCUAGUGAUGAUAAUUAGUAAAAGAUGAAGAAGAGUGAGAUGCUGAGCCAGUGAGGGUGCCUUCUGCUGCCCAGGCCACUGGACUCGGGGAAGAGAGGAGCAAGUAGCCCUGAUUUG